CACAGCAACAAAUUUCCCACAGCAUGGCGGUCCAUCUUUCCAAAUUGAAAUUCUUUUCAUUUCAUUUCUACUUGUUUAUUUAUUGAUUGGGUGCUGCCGCACUUUCCAAAGAGCGCUGAAGCUCUGCUGCUGUUGCUUCCAUCCAACAUGGCUGCCGCAUCUGCACAGCUCGUCGGGCAUGGCGCCUCCGCUACUUUUCCAACAACGUUGUUUGGCCAGAGGAGCUCUGUCCUGUCGGCCCAUGUGAUGGUUGUGAAGAAUGUUGCUGGAUUUGGACGCAGCUCACGACGUGUCAAGCGGGGCUCCAUCCUUUGUGAAGCUCAGGGGGCUGACAAGGCCAAGAAAGAGCUCCAGGACAUGGCCGACAAGGUGACUGAGAAAGCAGACGAGAUCUCGAAGGGCGUUUCAAAGAGCACUGAAGACCUCAAGCAAGCCUCGCUAUCCACUCCAGAGGUUCCACCUGAGCUCGAGUCAGUGGGUUUGGGACCAGAUAAGGUGCCCUCAGGACCAUACAGCUUCCGGGAAGUGUUCAGCUUCAACGGAUUGGCGCCAGAGAUCACAAAUGGACGUAUUGCCAUGCUGUCGUAUUUGUCUGUAAUUACCCUCGAAUACAUUACCGGCAAGGGCAUCGUCGAACAGCUUAGCACCGGAGGCUGGGUGCCAGCUGUCGCCCUUUCAACGCUCAUUGGCAUCGGCUCAGUGGUUCCGCUCUUCAGAGGAUACACCAACGACGACUGGCCAGGAAUCGGACCGUUCACAGCUAAGGCAGAGCGGUGGAACUCGCGUGCGGCGAUGGUGGCCUUCGCUUUGCUCGUGACCGUCGAGCUCGUGAAAGGUGGACCCGAAAUUGUACAGGGAGGUCCGAUAGGCUUUUAGGGACGAGCCGAAAGUGAGCCACAUGCAGCGUACGCGACUGCACGGUUCAUCUCGCUGGGCUUGAUUGCAGGUGCAACAUACAGGCAAGCGCACUGUGUAGAUUGUAAGUAUCUCUAGGAAGGGCUGGACGUUGCUUUGUACAAACAAGACAGUCUGAUCGAGACAGUGUACAAAGAACUUGAGUUUUGUUUGUGUGUGAUUGUUUUGUUUCAUAGGUAAUGCUAGCAAGCAGCAUAUCAGCGAAGACUAGCCUAGUAGCGACUAGCAGAGUGAGCCUGAAAGUUUCAGACUUGUCAAAAGCUUGUCACGUACGAUAGAGUUGAUUUUGGUUUUCGUCAGGGACAAAUCAGCGUUCCAGACUCAUAGUUAUCAGCAGGCUCGAAGUAAAGCGCAAUUGAGGCGCGGUUCAAGUUGCACUAGAUUCUGAUCAGGCUUAGUCAAAGUCGAAUUUGUCCGUGCACGCUUGAAUGAUGGGCCUGGCAUGCAGCUCCGCAG